AUGGAUCAGAGUAAGGAACCUCCACGCUUAGCAGCGCAAAUCACACCAUGUAAAGGUAAUAGAUAACUAAAAAAAAUUAAAAUUUAUUACUUUUUGCAGAGCCUUGUUGCGUUCCCCAGUGUUAAACAUUAUUAGUCUUUCUUGAGCUAAGCUAAUCCUUGGCUUUUAAAUGGAAGCAAGUAAUUUACAUGGUAGCGGCUAACGCAUGAAUUUAGGCUGAUUUAGCAACAGGACGGGGAACGUCAGUUGACAACGGCGCGCGCAAACUAAACAACUGGCUUGACCAAUGGCAGAGCUUCAAAUUGGGCACCGAAAGUUGCGUUUAGUCCUUUCCGCGUGCUUCCCCGUCCUCAACUGACGUUCCCCUCGUGUUGCUAAAUCAGCCUGAUGUUAAGUUGGCUGUAACGUUCUUUGGUGGUCCUAGCCUGCGCGGCUGGCGUUGAAAGGGCAAGGGGGAAAAAGGCAGCAAUUUUGCCUUCCCUUUUUGACGCCUGCUACUCAGGCUAGGAUGGUCCAGGUAUCUGAUAUGACUCAAAUCCUGCUCUCUGAUUGGCGAGAGUCCAAACAGAUCUUGAAGUGCCUUUCAUUGUUAAUUAAUCUUAAAUUAGUCACUUAUUUAUUAAAACUACAUACCGUGAUAAAACGUAAUUUCAAAAGAAAGGCACGAUUUACCUUGUAGAUAAAGCCUUCAGAAAGAAUGUAGAACUUGCUGAACCGAGUCAUAUGGACGUUUUUCUCAAAAACCUCCACCAAAGAACAGAAGCGAUUCCCGGAACGCCUACCGCUAAACGCUUGAAGGUAAGAUUAAGUAUAAGCAGUAAGAACGAGACGAAAAAGGGGCAAACGACAUGGACUGUGAAAUUGGAAUGUUGCUUUGAAUUUUUAUGUCCCCUCCUUUCAACAAGUCAUUGAUUUGUUCUGUAUGUGUUAGCUGUAUUCGUUUUACCAUGAUAAUGUGAACUCAAGAGAACUCGAGAGUUUUAUUUCAAUUCUUGUAGUAAAAGAAGGCAUAUAUUCCGCAUAUUUUUUUAGUCGUCAGCACCCGAGACAGGAAGUACUGAUUUUGUGGAUUUAACACUCGAUGAAAGAUUUGGCUACACUCGCAAGGCCCCCAUCAGCCAUCAGCGCAAUACCUGUCAUGGGCGAAGCGAAAACGAUGGCUCCGCUUUAAAGAGAGAUCCUGGUAAACGUUUUUGGGAAGAAAUUGACUGGCAUAAAAGGAGGGUAGAGGGAAAUCAAGAAACAAAUGAAGAUUCAACAUAUGAUGGUAUGUUUCUAGCAUUUCUAUCAUUUUAUAGAACUGAACAAGCUUAUUUUUGUUUAAAGUAACAAAUGAUCUUCGAUAUGACUUAACAUGGUUAUCUUCAUUGUCCGUCACAAUCAUCUGACAUCGUCAUCAUUGUCUGUUACUCUGUAUCAACAACGUUACGGGUGUCGUUUUCUUUUUAUCAUCAUAUCAUCGUAAUCACGUUUUUGUCAUUCAACAUCAUGAGCAUCACUUCCAUGCGUUUUACCCAACAUCGUCAUCAUCAUCAUCACAUAUCACUAUCAUUAUCCUUUUUCACAAUCUUUUACAUCCAACUUCUUUAAAGUUUAAAAUACUUUAUCCAUUAAAAAUUUUAAUUUUUACACGAUGAGAACAAAAAUUGUCAACCUUCAGCUGAGAAUGGUGGAUUCCACGUCUUAUAUCGUUGAAGAUAAUUAUAGAUUUUCUGUAAAGAGUAGAAAAAGUCACUUAAAUUGUUCUCCAUCUUUAUAGCUUCUUUUGAGGGUGAACUUCCUUGCUUUCUUGUCGAUGAGAUGUCGAAUGACGAUGACCUCCCUUUGGUUCUAAGCGAUGACAGUGACCUUAUUGUCAGUCCAGUAGCUCAGUCGCGGCAGAAUUCAUCCCGUUCUCAUUGCUCUAAACCCACUGCUUCAAAGAAACGUCAAGAAAUCUCCGAUGAAUUCAGACAGCCGCUCUCAAGGAGCUCGCAAUUUAUAAUAGGAUGCCAGGCGAAGAAAACAGGGGAUAAUUCUUCAUCAGGUGCUAGAGUCCAGUCAAGAGAGAAUUCGAAAAGGAUCUCGCGACACUGGUCACUUUCAACAGCCAUUCCUGAUGCAGAUGAUAUUGAGCCCAUAAGUGCAGUCUCAAGAAUCCCAAGAAGAGUCUUACGUUCUUUCCCAGCCCCGCCGCCAACUCCUGGUGCAGAUGAUUUUGAGCGGAUAACCAAUAGUCAUGGAGAUUCAACAAAACUGUUACACGCACUUUCACAAAAGACCACCUUCACGGCUUUGCCAACUUCUCCCAGCCCCGCGGGGAAUGCAUUGGACCAGUCAAGCGACCAAGAUUGCAAUAAACGUCCAAACAAUAAACUAUGUACAAAUCGAUUGGACAGUAAAGUUGACCCUACAACCACACGGGCAAGUCAUAUACGCGGCAGUUGGAAAGAUGACUUUCCACUGGAUGAUUUAGAAAUGGAAGAAUGGGACAUUUUCCCUGAUUUUACUACACCCCAGACCUCUGUUCUCAACCAACCAACCAAGCAAAUGGCGAGCCUUUCAAGUAAUAUGAGUUCAACCAGCCUUGAUCCCCUGGUGUUGAGUCAAAGCGGGUCUGGUUCCAACGUAAACAAGGCCCGCAAGAGCCAAGACGAUUUCAGCACAGCAAUGUGCGAACAAAGGUAA